AUGGAGGAUAUGCUGGUCUCUGUGCUGCACAGUAUGCACGAUGGCCAAGGCAAGACCGAAAGCGAUGGCGUUUCGCCUGUCCUGCUGUAUAACGACGAUGUGCACAGAAGAACGUCUGAUUCUCCCACCAGCGAUGCAUCGCUUGCCUCUGCGCAGUCUUCACACGGGUCCUUGCGGGACCGCCUUUACAAGCUUGUCGCUGCAGAAGGUUUGGACAAACGCGCCGACUCGAUCCGGAGUAUCGCCGAGGCUGCGUCGCAAUUCAUGCAGCAAGUGGGCAAACUCGAUGAUGGCGCACGCGAGCGCUUAAUGGAGUCCAAGGACGAGGCUCUGAUGAAGAGUUUACUGCAAAAUAUCUUGAAAAAAGACAAUAGUUCUGCACCCAAAAGCAUGCCCUCGCAACCAAGCCUCGCUUCUCCCGCCGAAUCCACACGCACGAAAUGUCUUCCAGAUAGCACACUGAAUCCGCUGGGCCUGCUUGCCGAGGCGAGCAUUCAGAACUGGAAACGGCAGCGGAACCCCCACGCCGCCAAGGAUUGUGCAUCGGAAACGGGUGCCCACGACGCCGAGUCUGCGAAUAGCAAGAAACCCGGGAUGAAUGGGACAGGAUCCGGCCAGAGGAGCGCACCAAGCAAACCGCAGGUGGGCCUGGCCAACGAAUUCUACUUCCAUUCCGCGUCGACCAAAUCCACCUCGGACAAUGUAGGCAAUGCAGACGAAAACCUCCCCGAUCUGCUCACCGAGGGUGUGGUCACGUCGGAAGAAGCGAUGGAGCUCUUUUGCAUUUUCUUUCACCACUGUUCUCUGCACAUCUUUUUGCUGGACCCCGAAUGGCACACGCCUUCGCUGGUAUGCGCACGCUGCCCUUUUCUCUUCACAUGUCUUUGCGCCGUUGCGUCCAAAUUUUAUACCAAGCGUCCCGAGCUUUAUGUGCUGUGCCUGCGCAAAGCGAUCAAAUCAGCAUUUGACAUUUUGAGCCGCGGUAUGAAGUCGGUGGAAAUCGUGCAGGGCUUCCUCCUGCUCACGUUGUACAAUCAGCCCGAAGAGCGCUACGAAGAAGACCGGACGUGGCUCUUUGCGGGCGUAGCCAUACGCAUGGCGCAGGAUCUGAACCUACACCGCAAAGCUGACGUUGUUCCAGGCUACCCGCUCGAGGAAAAGGACCACCGCGAAGCAUUGAAUCGCGAGCGGACGUGGUACAUUUGUUUCUGUGUCGACCGUACGUUGAGUGCGCAGAUGGGCAAGCCAUACAGCAUCCGCGAAGACUGGAUCAUCCGCCACUCUUCCGAGUGGUGCAUGCAAAGGUACAGUCGCCCGUGGGAUUUGGGCAUUUGUGCAUUGGUCGACUUGCUGCGCGUACAAACGCGCCAGCUCGACUUUUUGUACUCCUCGACCGUCACGCCGUCGGGUCUGAAUCUCGACCUGGACUACCCCGCCAUCCUCCCCUCGUUCAACGAGCAGCUCAACGAGACGAUGCAAUUUUGGUACUGCUUAGGUCUUGAUGCCAUGACGCGCGCGUAUCGAUCCUCGACCACAGAACAGGAAAAAGGAGAUCAAAACGCGCGCUCUGAGGACGAGGGUGCUGCGAAUGCCCGCACCAAGACUCCCUUUCCUUUUUCGAGCUUGCCGUCGGGCGUGGAAGGAGGCGACGCAGCCGACAAGGUCCGCGUAUCCACACUUAUGGCGCUCCACGAGGCCGAGCCCCCUGGCGAUGAUGCGGACAUGACGACGCGUUCCAUGUAUUAUAUUGCGCGCCAAGCACCGUUGCGCUACAACUACGCGGUGCUUGUUUUGAACUCUUUUGGGCUGCAGUACGCACUCGAGCGUCCGUCAGACGGCGCGUCUGUGGACAAGCCGCAGUACUUUGUCCGCUGCGUCCACGCAGCCAAGGAGAUUAUUGCCACGGUCAAGUACGGCAUGCGCGAGAUUUUGCGCUAUGCGCCGGAUCCGACGUUUGUUGCCGUUGCAUACGCGUGCGUCUUUUUGCUCAAGCUCAUUCGUCCUGUAUUCUUGCACUAUAUCAAUGAGGAAGAGGUGAUUGCUCUGGUGAACUACACGAUCGAGGUAUUAGAAGAGGCCGCGGUUGACUCUACCCAUACGCCCGCACUCUACGCCUCCUUUUUGCGCAGCCUUGUCCAGUCGCGCCAGGAGAAUGCAAAAUACGGUGAGGAGGGCGCGCCGGAAUUUCACGCCCAGAACCCGCGCCACGAUGUCCCACACAUGGUCCCCGACCCAAGCUUGCACAUGGCAGCGAACGGUAUGGGCACACACGAGUGGCGCAUCAUGCGCUUGAAGCAGGCGAUGCAUGCCGGACGCCCCAACAGCGACAUGCUCCACCGCGGCGCUGAAAUGACGGUGAAUCCCACACAGGUCAACCCCGUCGCUGCAAGUCUUGCUGCCGAGGAGCUGCGGUCCAAACCAGCAGAGCCUGACCUCCAUUCUGACACGCCUGAAACACACGACUCGCUACCCUCCUCUCUUCUGGACCACGGCCACGCGCUUGACUUGCACGGACUCCACACCGAUACGAUGGGCUGGGAUGCCUUGCAGUAUGCCAAAGCGCAAGGCGUCGAGGUGAACCGUGUGCUGGACACGAGUUUCUGGACCUCGCUCCUCCCUCCCGGCUACGGCAGCGGCGGCAUGAGCUCGAUCAAUGGCUCGUCGUUUGACGCGCCGCCGCGCGACCACGAUUUUUCCAAAAUGCAUUCCGCGCUGAAUCUGGGCAUGCGCACAACUCUCACGCCUGGCGCUACGCGCGCCUCCUCCCCAUCGGGCUUCUCCUUCCCCUUAUAA